GCCGCGAGUCAGUGUCGACCCGACCUCCGAAGGUGCAGCAUCGUUAUAUGGUGUCGCUGCUCCAUCGAAGUUUAUCCCAAGUUGUCUACGUGUGGAAAGUUGAAGUUUAUUCAGAUCAUGUCUAUAGUGGUUUUGGUCAGCCGUUGUCUUUUUCUUGCAAAUUAUUUCCGAAAGUGAUUAUGAAGUUAAACGUAAAUUUUUUCGAAUGAAAGUUGGGUAAACUUUUCCAUUUUGUCAUAGCUCAAAAUGACUUGUAAAACGGAGAACUUGACCUAUGGGAUUUGAAUGAUAAAUACAUGGAAAAAAGUACCUUACACCGACAAGAGACUUAGAUAUCUUUGGCAUGUUUAAUCGCCGAAAUGCUCGGAGGAAUGCGACCAAAACAUUGUUGGUAUAGUUUACAACGCUUUGCAAUCCUGACUGAAGUGACAAGGGAAAGUAACUAAGGAUAUAUAUGUAUACACCAUAAGAAAAAUUUCAUAUCGAUAUUUUAUGGAAAGUUUAGAUUAGCUCCUUAAAGAUCGUUUGCAUCUCUUAUCAAAAUAGACUAUUAACAGAGUCAAGUGAUGGGCUGAGGAAAUGUAUGGCCUUAAAAGCCUAGACAAUUACCUUUUAUAGGGGCUGCAACUUUCCAGAAAGACCAACAUUCAUAGAAGUGAUAGAUAAAGAAAAUUGAGUAUCACUGUGAUAUGGAAAUUCUAAAAAAAUCUCCUUACGGAAAUCAGUAGCUUUCUUCAUCAACUAAAAAGUCAUGGCAAGUGACUUUCAGAGGAUAACUGAUAUCAGUGUGGUAUUAAGACUGGAUAAGUUCAGUUCCUUUUUGAGUGUUUGCUGCUGUCAAAACUGACUUACAGCCCUUGGCCACUGUCUGGCUGAAUAAGAUUGCUAGUGAGACUACAUCCGCAAGAGUUCGAUAAUUAAUGCUGUUUUCCUCUUCACAAAGAAAUUAUGCUUCUUUUACUAACUGAAGUCGAUGUUUUUAUUAAUAUCCGAGGGUUAUUUAUAAAUUUUUCACCGCUUGUUUCUGGGUUCAUUAUGGAUAAAAAUAGAUGAGUUCUAAGAUUGUAACUUUUGGAAUCUAAACAAACGGAAGAUGAGCUCUUUAUUAGAUUUUAAAUCAAACAUUCAAGUUAAAACAUCAGUUAUUUCCCCAAAAUGUCAUAGAGACAGCAUUGUUUGGUCUACUCUUCCUCCAAUCACUUCACUGAGUAUUGCUUUUCUUUUAUUAUCUUUGAACUUCGGUCCCUUAUUAGCUAGAACUAGAGCCACUCAUGAGCCAAGAUUAAUUUCCCGAAUUUUUCAUCGGCAUCCCUGUUUGACACAUCCAGAAUCUACUACUUACAAUCCAACUUAUUCUCAUGAUCUUGAAUCUGACUUAAUUUUCGAGUUCUUUGUUGAAUGCCAUGGAAACUCUUUAGGCAAUAUAACAAAUAUAAACAAAUACCAAAAAUUUUGUCUCUGUUACUUAUUGUCUCACCAAAAGACUCGCCGCAUUAGGAUAAGACAUUCUUCUUUUUCCAAGAAGUUAAGUAGAAAAAAUAAUCCUAAAAAAAUCAUUCAUAUACAUUCUUCUAAUCGCAAGGCUUUCAUUAAGUUGCUACAACGUCAUGGGUUCUCUCCAGCUUCAAAAAAGUGUAACAAAAAGCUUCUUACUAUGUUUGCUAAAUACUUAGAAGUUUUCUGUUGUAGUGCUAAUCCAUCUGAAGGCCAUUUGACGAAAAUGGUGCCUGUAAAUAAUAAUCUUGCAUGCAAACACUGCAGAAAAAUAAAUUCACCAGUACGGGACCCUUCUCAACGUCGCGUUCAGAAGAGGAAUUUAGAAAAUUCGGGUGAGAUGAAUUCUACUCAUGACCAGACUUUCGGGAUCCAAUGGGAAAAAAGACCCUCUGAGAGCAAUAAGAAGAGUCCUGUAAGGCCUGGUUAUACUCGAAGAACACAGUCAAAAUACCACACAAAACGCAUCAACUCCAAUCUGGAGAAGGAAAUCCAAAGCAGUGGAACCUCAACUAAUGGAACUUUUAUUUCAAAUUUCACCAAGGCAAAUGCUAUGUCUACAGCUCCUAUAGGGGAUAAAUGUACAUUUAUGAAGGAUGCAACAUUGUGUCUUCCUAGGCAACAAUUCGAUAUCUGGAAGCUUUCAGCAGCAUCUGAAAAGGUGAAUAUCCCUGCAGAAGUUCUGACCGCACCUCAAGAAUCACUGGCUUCAAACAUCAGUGAUACCUACAACAGCUCCUUUUACAUUCCUCUUUCAACCUCAUCCUCCUCACCCUGUUUUCUUUAUGCUGUCAAUUCCUCCCACGUGGGGACUUACGGAUGUAACACAGAUUUGCUCUCUAACUUCACUACCUCAGAAUCCACGCCCUCUUCACUCACAGCUACCGAAUGGACGAGAAUAGUGGCUUUCUCCCUUAUCUUUGUUGUUGGGGUCGUUGGAAAUGUACUUGUGGUGGUAACGCUCCUCCACCACAGGAAUCUCCGUACAGUCACCAAUGUCUUCCUUCUUAAUUUGGCAGUGUCUGACCUACUUCUCGGGGUGUUUUGUAUGCCAUUCACUCUUGUAGGAUCUCUUCUGCAGGACUUUGUCUUCGGAAGUCUAAUGUGCAGGCUCAUACCUUACAUGCAAGCGGUUUCUGUGUCUGUAUCUGUGUGGACCCUGGUGGCCAUUUCUCUUGAGAGGUUCUACGCAAUAUGUCAGCCUUUGCGCUCCAGGAGAUGGCAAACGCCCUCCCAUUCUUAUAGGGUCAUAGCGGUUGUCUGGGCUGCGUCUCUGGUAUUUAUGAUGCCAAUUGCCGUUCUUUCUACCCUCAUGCCCGUCAGAAGAGAUCCAGUACGCCACAAAUGCCGUGAAGUCUGGCCCAGUCUGACGACCGAGAGAACUUUCAACAUCAUCAUAACGAUGACUCUCCUCUUGGUGCCUUUGAUAGUGAUGGCCGCAGCCUACAUCCGGGUCGUGAGAGCGUUGUGGCUUGGGGUCAAGAUUCAAAGGUCAAAGAACAGUCCCAACGAAACUCCUCAUUUGGAAGUGUCGACAGUCGAGGACCUGACUUCAAACCAUGCCCGGCCACCCGAUAAGAAAUCAUCCCCUGCCACCCAUACAAGAAUUUCCAUAAGGUUCCGCAAAGUGCCAGCAGUGAAGGGAGCUAAAGACGAGACCAACGACCCCAGAAAGGACUUCAACGACCACCACAGCGACGACUCUCCAAGAAGCUCUACCCAUGAAGGGGGCCAACUGACCUCUUCGAUCCACCACGAUUCUUCCAGAGAUGAAGAAAGCCGAUCUCUGCGAAGGAAGUGGUGGCGAUCCAGGGACCACUCAUCUUCUACUGCCACUUCUGUUGACAGACAGUCAUGGAGAAAUCUGAGAUCCUCCCAUACUGAAAGGAGCAUCAUGGCAAAGAGACGUGUCGUUAGGAUGUUGUUUGUCCUAGUGGCAGAGUUCUUCAUAUGCUGGACCCCGUUGUUCAUUGUGAAUCUCCUGUCACUGUAUAUUCCUCGUCAGGUUUAUGCCGCCCUUGGUAGCAUAGGGGUUUCUUUAGUACAGUUGCUGGCCUACAUUUCCUCCUGUUGCAACCCCAUCACGUACUGCUUCAUGAAUGCCAAAUUUCUUCAGAGUUUCAAGCAGACCUUCGGCUGUGCUCAUAAGAGAUCUAAUUCAUUUUAUAGCAACAACGCGCACAGUUUCAGAAGCGGUGUCAACUACAACCAGGUCCCUCUCCACACUAUGCUAGAUAGAAAUUCCAGGACUGGGAGGAGCAGCCAAAGGCAACGUUUAAUGCAUCAACCAAACCAAACUGUUGCUUAACAAAAAAUUGCAUAAAAAUUCGGAAAUGUUUUGUUUGCAGCACUCGUAUUUUUCCUGUUAUAACUUAUAGGAACUCACUUUUUUUUUGAAAUAUGAACACAAAUUUACUUUGCCACUCAUAGACAAUAACCUCACAUUUUUGUUAUUGUACAUAAAGAGAAACAUUUCUUCAGAAUCUGCAAUUUUUUUGUUUUUAUCUAUGUACAAAUUAGGUUCCAUCACCAAUUUCUUUACGAAAAGAUAUCGCUCAGGUUUAUAAAUUUUGUAAAAAAUAAAAAAGCGUAAUUAGUAGCAAAAGUAUCAGCAACAAUGACAAAGUUUGUGAUAAUGAAGCUGAACUGGAAAAGCGACUAGAAUAAGGACUGAUGCUCCAGCAAGUGUUUCCUGAACAGUUUCAGGCCUUUCAUACAAUUCCUUUCACACUUCGAAACUACACAAAUAAAAGAAACCGAAAUAUAUAUUUUUCUAUAAAAAAGGAACUAUGAUACAUUACAUAUUAUAGCCCAGACUGAUGGUUCACUGGAUUUUGCGCCAUUAUCAUCUGAGUUUCUUCAGAUAUAACGUAUAUCAUUGUAUCUUGCAUAGCAUGGGUAAAGAAAGAUUACAAAAUAUCACAAUUCUAUUCAAUGAGACCAUCCUAAGGAAAGGAUAAGACACCUUUAAACAGAAAACUUUCCAAUCGUACUUCGUUUUUCAGAAAAUCACUACUUGGCUACUUGGAGACAGUGAAUUUUAUAUGUGAAGGACAUCUAGAGGCAGGCAGUACGCCUUUGAGGUGAGGUGGAGAGUAAAAUCGACGUAGAGAUUGGAGAAAUGAUCUUGUUAUUUAAUGGAGAACUGUCUGUGUAUGGUGUUCUAUUGUUAAGAAAGUUCUAAAAUGUACAAUAAUAAACCCAUUCCUAUCGUGUGCUUAUAGUUGUCCAAUAUUCCGCAAGGAAGAGGUAGGUGUUGGUAUUCUCUCUUACUGAAUUCUUCUUCUCCGUGAGAGAGAAAUAUUUGUAUUGUCUCUCACUGAAAUCUGUACGGAAAAAGAGGUAAUUCCCUUCUCUUUCUAUGUCGUUUAUUAUCUUGUUGAUAAAAAGAAGAUGGAAAUAUGUCAGUAGGAGUCAAUAGAAAGUAAGUUUACCGAUUCGCAUCGGGGGAGGGAAGGUUGUGUCUACCACGAAUGACAAAAUUAUUAACUAAGAAGUUUUCGCUUUUCAGAGACAGUGCUGUUCUUUCGAGUCCUCUCGCGCGAUCAGGAAUGUCUCUUGGUUGUUAUCAGACUUUAAAAAGAAUCAAAUAGAUAUUAUGUAUAUAUGCCUUCAUUCCAACAAAGUAAAAUGAUACCAAGAAUGUGGAAAAGACGCGAUACUUCUCAAACAAUGGCAUUCUUACUUCUAUAAUACCAUAAAGAAUGUAAUGAAAAUUAGUGUUCUCUACAUCAUUGCAAUUGUAUAUUCAUGUAUCUGUAAAAAGGAAUAUAUCAGUAUAAUGAAAAUAUAAACGGGUUUCACUCA